AUGACGACAUCGGCCGCGGUGCAGCACGCGCUGCUGCGGGCGAGAGAGCUGUGCCUCGUCGGCGAGUACGAUCAAGGCAUUCUCGAGUUCCGUGCCGUGAAACAGACGCUCGAGGCGCAGCUAAGCGGCGUGUCGCGUGCGCGUGAGUUUUUAGACGAUUUGCAGCUCGAGUACCAGACGAUUGUGGAGUACCGUACGUCACUGGAGACGUUAUCGAGCGUGGGGCAACAGGUGCAGCAACGUCACCGACGCAGCCGAGUUGAGAGUGCAAACAAUGGCCAACGACUGAACGAGCCGACAGCAACGAGUGUCGGUACAGUCCGACGUGCUACUGCAAGUAAAAACGGGCAGACGAGGGAGAAUUCGUCGCGACGUUCGCGACAGGAAGGAGCGGCGGUUGUUGCUGCUCGAUCGAAGCAGAGACAGGUGCCAUUGUGGAUGCACCGAGGCGAGCCACGUGCUACUGAACUGUCAAGAGCUCGCCAGCUAUAUCAAAAUCGGAAAACCGCGCCAAAAUCUACGACGAGGCCAUCUUCGGGUUGUGACAAUCAAGUUCGCAAGCGGGCGAAGCGCAGUGGAACGUUGCCAGCUGUGUGCAGGAACUCAAAGCAGUCGACGGCAGGACGGCGGGAAGUGCGGUCUGCAAAGCGGCGUGAAAGUGCCCAGAGUGCAGCGAGCUCGAACAGUACUGGAGCUUGUCGAGAUACGAUUGCAGGCAAACAGAAGUACUCGGAAAUAGCGAAAGAAAAUGGCUGGGCAGACCAAGAGCUUAUUGAAGUUAUUGAGCGGGACAUUGUCGACCACGGCGAGAAAGUCACGUUUGAGAACGUUGCUGGUCUCGAGCACAUCAAGCAGCUGUUGCAGGAGACUGUUAUGCUUCCCCAAAUGGCACCGCAUCUAUUCUCGGAUGGACUUCUCAAACCGUGCAAUGGUGUACUGAUGUUCGGCCCGCCGGGAACCGGAAAAACGCUUCUUGCGAAGGCCGUUGCGCACGAAUGCGGAACAACGUUUUUCAACGUAUCUGCUUCGACGCUGUCGUCAAAGUACCGAGGGGAUUCGGAAAAAUUGGUGCGAAUAUUGUUUGACAUGGCGCGCUAUUACGAACCGUCCAUUAUCUUCAUGGAUGAGAUCGAUGCUAUUGCGUCGACAAGGGGGGCUGUAACAGAACAUGAAGCGAGCCGAAGGGUGAAAACGGAGCUGUUGGUUCAAGUCAGUGGUGUAACGUCCGUGGAGCACAAUGGCAGACAAGUGAUGCUUCUCGCAGCUACUAACUUUCCUUGGGAAUUGGACGAAGCCAUGCGACGGCGAUUGACGAAGCGCGUGUACAUCCCUUUACCUGGAAGCGAAGCACGUCGGACGUUGUUCGAACUCAAUUUGGGUCGGAUUGACGUCAGCAAGGAUGUGAAGCUGGAUGAGCUUGUCAGCGAUACGGAGGGUUACAGCGGCGACGAUAUCACGAACGUCUGCGAAACGGCCAAGCGCAUGCCUGUCAAACGUGUUUACACUCCAGAGUUGUUGCUCAAGAUGCGGCGAGAUAUGGAAGCAGGCGAGGUGCACCGUGAAGUCGAGACGGAACGACUUGUAGUGACUAAGGCGGACUUUGUUGAAGCGCUAUGCAACGUAUCAAAGUCAGUUGGGCACGACCAGCUCCGUCGGUAUGAGGAAUGGGAAGCCGAAUUUGGGUCAAAGUAG